ACGGCCUGUUUGGUUCACCCCGAAAAAGCUUCGGGGUCGGAAUCGGAGUGCUCCAUUCCUAUAUUAUUCGUUUGGUUCUUGGGCAUCGGGUUUCCCGAGCCCAGCGGGCCCUAAAGCUAAUGUCUAUCACUAUAUAACGGUCUCUUGGAGCAGUGUGGAUUGUCAACCCAUGUCUGUUGCUCUCAGACAGUUGACCGUUGGUUCCCUCCUAAAGGGCCGUUCCCUCUCCCUCACAACAGCUCUCUUCUUCUUCACCGGAAAGCUCCAAUCUCUCUCUGCUCAAGAAAUUCUGCACCGCCGCCUCGAGAGAUGCUCUUCCAUGGCCCAACUCAAGCUCCUCCACGCCCAUGUCGUCCUCCUUGGCCUCUCCCUCGACAACUUCACCCUCGGGAAGUUGAUUUCCUUCGCCGGAAUCAACGAAAAUGGCGAUCUUCAGUACGCCCUAGAUGUCUUUAAUCGAAUCAGGCAGCCGAAUAAGUUCAUGUUCAAUAGCUUGAUCAGGGGAUGCUCAAUCAGCGGCAGGGACCCUUCAAAGGCAAUAGCUUUGUACCGCAAUAUGCUUGCUUCAGGCCACUCUCCUAAUGAAUUCACCCUCCCUUUCGUGCUGAAGGCUUGUGCAAGCGAACCUUCGUAUUGGAUGUCAAUGCUCGUGCAUGGUCAGGGCAUUAAGUUGGGGAUUGGCUCCCAUGUUUGCGUGCAGAAUGCUCUGAUGAAUGUUUACAUUGCAAUGGGGAUGACAAGGGAAGCACGGAAAGUAUUUGAUGAAAUAGCUGAGAAAACUUCAGUCUCAUGGAACUCGAUGAUUGGCGGGUACUCUCGAGCAGGCCGAAGCAAGGAAACCUGCAUCCUGUUUCGCCAGAUGAGGGAGUCUGGAGUGGUUCCCGACGGGUUUACGUUCGUUAGCUUACUCUCAGCUUGUUCACAAACCUGUGACUUGGACUUGGGUAGGUUCGUGCAUCUCUAUAUUGAGAUCACUGGGCUCGAGAUUGAUCUUUUUGUGAGGAAUGCACUUCUUGAUAUGUAUGGAAAAUGUGGACACUUGGAUUCAGCCGAAAAAAUCUUCCUCCGGAUGCAAGAGAAAAAUGUCGUUUCUUGGACGACAAUGCUCACUGCUUAUGCUAAACAUGGAUUCAUCGAAUCAGCCCGAGAACUUUUUGUGCGAAUGCCCAUGAAGAAUGUGGUCUCAUGGAACUCUCUGCUCUCAGGUUAUUCUCAAAAUGGACAGUGCAGGGAAGCUCUGAGCCUCUUUGACGAAAUGCAGAAAGCAGGAUUCAACCCCAAUGAGGCCACACUCACUACUGUCCUCUAUGCCUGUGGUCAGAUCGGCGACGUAACCACAGGAGAGAAAAUCCAUGCUUACAUACGGGAGACUGAAUCGCUUCAACCCAGUAUAACUCUUACUAAUUCCUUGAUAGCUAUGUAUGCAAAAUGUGGCGAAGUCCCAAUUGCAAUGGACAUAUUUAGGAAAAUGAAGUGGAAGAAUGUAGUUUCUUGGAACGCGGUCAUUGGAGGUUUAGCACUGCAGGGGAUUGGGGAUGACGUGAUUGAACUCUUCAGAGAGAUGGAAGCUUCAGGAAUUCAACCCAAUGGAAUUACCUUCACGGGGUUGCUCGCUGCUUGCAGUCACGGGGGACUUAUAAGCUCGGGUAGGUACUACUUUGAGAGGAUGAGUUCUGUUUAUUCCAUUCCGCUAGAAAUAGAGCACUAUGCCUGCAUGAUAGACCUGCUCGGGAGAGGGGGACUGUUGGAAGAGGCCAUUAGGCUGAUAGGGACAAUGCCUAUGAGACCCGAUAUAGUCAUAUGGGGAGCACUUCUAGGUGCCUGUAAGAUCCACGGAGUCGUAGAGAUCGGAAGAAUUGUGCUAAAGCAGCUCUUGGAGCUUCAGCCUUACAGCGCAGGGCUCUGCGUGCUCCUGUCGAAUCUUUACUCUGAAGCCAAUAGGUGGGAGGACAUGCAGAGAAUAAGGAAAAUAAUGAACGGCAGUGGCGUUGCUAAAUGUGACGCAAUCAGUUUUAUCGAGAUUGGCGGGCAUGUUUAUGAAUUUAUGGUCGACGACCGGAGAUCCGAUUGGUCGAGGGGCAUUUACUCUGUGCUGAACCAGUUGACAGAUCAUCUAAAAUUGGAGCAAUCCACCGGCACUUAUAGUUUAUGAUGGUUUUUGGUGCGAUCUUAAUUGAGCAAAGAAGUUUAACAUAGAGUUAUAUCCUCAAUAUUUCACGAGCAUCACUCGAGCCGAAAUUUUACUGUCCCUGGUCUGACUGUCCCAGGAGCUUCGGUUACCAUUGUAUGUGAGAUAGCCCUCACUAAACGGCCGAUCUACGCGUUACAGAGUCCAGCUAAGUGCAUUACAUCGGGCUCGUCCUGACCUUUGUGUCUAUGCAUCCCAGAUCAGAUAACAUGCCCUACAUCGUUGAGGACAACAAUGAUAUUGCAGCGGACGAAUGACAAAUGGGACUUAGAUGGUAUACAGAUACCAUUGAAGUCGAAAUUCAAUGGUCAGGGCGUGCAUCAAUCUUGAAGUCGAAAUUCUAAGAUCCCUGGGCCAUCCAUCCUAGGAGCUUCGGUUACCAUCGAAUGGGAGACAGCAGUACGCGCA